GAAAUCAACUUCCGCUGCCCACCAUUCGUCUCCCUCUUCUGCCGCCAGCACGUGGUGGAUCAGACUAUCAGACUAACUAGAUUUCCUACAACUGCUCCACGAAACCAAGUGGAAGUUGCACUUUUUCAAGAUGUUAGUCUUGUUUGAGAGUGCGGCAGGAUAUGCUUUAUUUAAGCUUUUGAAUGAAACAAAACUUCAAAAUAGUGAAAACCUGUAUCAAGACUUUGAGACACCUGAGAAAGCUUCCAAAGUUCUGAAGCUGAAGCACUUUGAAAAGUUUGAGAACAUCAAUGAGGCUGUUGCAGGAAACCUCACUGUAGAAAAUGAAAAAGUUGGAAAGAACCUGAAGAGGCUGGUAAAGAAACACAUUCUUAAAGAUGCUGAGGCUGAGUUGGCUGUUGCAGAUGCUAAACUUGGAAAACUGCUCAAGAAAGAAUUUGAUCUGAACUGUGUGACGAACUCAUCUGUUCAAGAGCUGAUGAGAAACAUCAGGUCACAGCUUGACAGCUUUAUUUCUCCCAUGGUUGAGGCCAGUCACUUAGCACAGAUGUCCCUGGGUUUGGCUCACAGCUUGGGCAGAUACAGACUCAAGUUUAGCCCCGACAAAGUGGACACCAUGAUUGUACAAGCAGUUUCUCUCCUGGAUGAUGUUGACAAGGAAUUGAAUAACUAUAUCAUGAGACUAAGAGAAUGGUAUGGAUGGCAUUUCCCGGAACUGUCAAAGAUGGUUACUGAGAACUUGGCCUUUGCUCGUAUUGUCAAAGCAAUGGGGGACCGCACACACGCUGCUAAAAUGGACAUGUCAGAAAUUUUACCAGAGCAUCUAGAGAAGGAAGUCAAAUGGGCAGCAGAAAUUUCCAUGGGAACUGAGAUUUCAGAAGAAGACAUCUUCAAUAUCAAGAAUUUGUGUGAUCAGGUGAUUGAGAUGUCUAAGACCAGAGAUGAGCUGUACAGUUACUUAAAGGAACGUAUGGCAAUGGUGGCUCCGAAUCUGACUGUUCUGGUUGGGGAGUUGGUUGGUGCGCGUCUCAUUGCCCAUGCAGGCUCUCUGCUAAAUUUGGCCAAACACCCAUCAUCCACUGUGCAAAUUCUGGGAGCAGAGAAAGCUUUGUUCCGUGCCCUGAAGACAAAACACGACACACCAAAGUAUGGUCUGAUAUACCACGCAUCAUUGGUGGGAGGUGCUCAACCCAAGAACAAAGGAAAGCUGUCGAGGAUGCUUGCAGCCAAAGCUUCACUUGCUAUACGAGUGGAUGCCCUUAGCGAGACCAGCGACUGUACCUUGGGUGUAGAACAGCGCGCCAAGUUAGAGAGCAGAGUUCGCAAUCUGGAUGAAAAGGCGGCUCGAAGGAUCAGUGGUUCCGGCAAGUUCCAGAUGAAACAGGAGAAAUACACAAAUGUCAAUGAAGUGCAGACUUUCAAUCCUGCUGUGGACUCUACUUUGUCUGGGAAGAGAAAAGUGAAAGAGGAGCCAGAGGAUGAUGCAGAGGAGACAAAGGCCCCGAGUGCAAAGAAAGCAAAGUUGAAUGAGUCAGUUGCUGAAGAGGAAGAUGAGACAGAGACCCCGAAGAAAAAGAAGAAGAAGAAGAAGAGGGACUCUGAGGUCAAAGAAGAACCCGCAGAGAUAGGACCAAAUGGUGACGGAGAGACUGAAAGUGCCAAGAAGAAGAAAAAAAAGAAGAAGGACAAGAAAGCCGACUCUGAUGACGAGUAACAUGAUGAUGGUCUGCAAAUUGUUAUCGGUUAUAACGGACAUUGUAUUGAACGAAAUGAAUAAAUAUUUGAGUUCCACAAA